AUGCCAACUUAUUCGCAAGUCGAGGAAGAACUAUAUUCUAAGUGGUGCUCGGAAUUUGAUCUUGCAAGGUACCGCUUACUUGCCAUAGUUCGACAAGAAGGGACUCAAGAAGUAAAGCGUUUGGGGAUUGCCAUCGAUAAAGAAAUAUCACAAAAUACAUAUCUUAAAUUUUGUGAAAGCGAGCGAGACAUUAUUGUUAAAUACUGUUUAAUUGAUGGAAAAAUAGAAGCUUAUGAUAUGCCUGACGAAUCUCACGCAUAUGUGCAAGGAGAGUUAUCUUUUAUAAUGAGAAGCUGGAGUAAUCAAUUAGCAGUCACAGGCGAAAGAGAUCUCAUUGUGAACUCAAGGAGUGUCUAUCGUGGUGAUAUUAAUGUUAGACCAAAACAUAUUCAACCUCAACAACCUCAACGACCUCAACCCCCACGGGCAGGACAACACUGUCCAAAUUUAGUUGUGGAAAUAGGAAAUACAGAGGGUUUAGGUCAUUUACAUAGAAAGGUUGUGGGUUAUUUUUCUUCACAAACCACGACUCAAUUAUAUUUGGCCAUCAAAUUAUUUCCUCCUCGUCCAAAUAAUACUUUUGCGUUGCUUGCACUGCUGUAUUCACGCAAUAACCCAAAUCCAACAAUACCUGUCAUCGUAAAGUCGUUCGGUACAGCAUCUCUAAGCAUUCCCACACGAAAUUAUCUCCAAAAUACUAUAAAUGUUCCGGUCAAUAUAAUUACUGGAGUCGGAAUUGGGCCAGUUCCAAUUCCAUGUGAUAGGGUCAAUAUUCCUGAAUAUCAAUUAGCUAUUCCCACUAACCCACUUUUCAAUGGUGCCCGUGGUGGUGUUCCUAUUGGUACACCUCAAUACUUUUAUAUAGAUUUAUUUGUAUUGCAAGAUGUAUAUCAAAAUUCACUUUAA